AUGAUGACUUGGCUGCUGUUACUCUUCCUGACAGGGUGCCUCUUUAACCUGGGAAUCGGGCUGUGGGUGAUCCUUGUGCAUUUCUUUAGAACAGAUGUCCCUGCUGCCAUUGGCCACACAGGGAGGUUCCGUGUCCUACACUGUCUCUAUCUACUAGUUGUAACUUGGGGUAACAUUUUAGAGAAGCUGGGAAUCUGCUCGAUGCCAAAAUUUAUCCGUUUUCUGCAUGACAGAAUUCCAAUCAGGAAGGACCCUGAUGUUGUGGUAACCAAAUUGCACUUUGGGACAAUACCUGUGAGGCUAUAUCAGCCAAAGGCACCAUCUAGAAGACCCCGUUGUGGGAUCAUCUUUUUCCAUGGAGGUGGUUGCACAUUUGGGAGCCUGAGGAUUUACAACAGCCUGUGCUGCCACUUGUCCAGGGAAAGUGAUUCCGUGGUUAUGACUCCUGGUUACCGCAUGGUUCCUGACCACAGGUACCCCUCUCCAUUUUAUGACUGCAUGGCUGCUUCCAUCCACUUUCUGAGAACCCUGGAAACCUAUGGGGUGGAUCCAUCUCGGGUCAUCAUCUGUGGAGACAGUGCUGGAGGUUCAUGUGCAACUUCUGUUUGCCAAAGCCUCAUGACCCAACCAGAUCUCCCCAAGAUACGAGCUCAGAUUCUGAUCUAUCCCUAUCUCCAGGGAUUUAAUUUCCAGCUACCUUCUCAUCAACAGAACAGAAAUGUCCCAUUCCUUAGCUGGAACACUUUUACUUCUUGCAUGUUUCAAUAUUUUGAUAUCCACCCCUCUUGGGAAACCACUAUUUGGAAUGGUGCUCAUGUGCCCCCUGAGAUGAGGGAGAAGUCUGAGGAAAGGAUAAGUGACCGCAACAUACCUAAAAGGUUCAAAGAGAGAGGCUACCAACCCAUGUCACCUGGCCCUUUUAAUGAGAUUGCUUACUUGGAAACCAAACAGCUCUUAUGGACAAUGAAUUCACCCUUAAUGGCUGAAAAUGACAUCAUUGCCCAACUCCCAGAAACUCUGCUCGUGACCUGUGAGUUUGAUAUCCUACGGGAUGAUGCACUGUUGUACAAAAAGAGGUUGGAGGAUCAGGGUGUACCAGUGAGCUGGCACCACAUUGAAGAUGGUUUUCAUGGAGUGAUCCUCAGCUUUGACAUAAAGCCCUUUUUCUUCCCUUGCUCCUUAAGAAUUCUGAGCAUUGUUAUCCAUUUUAUAAAGGAUCUGUGA